AAAAUAAUUCCAUAACUCGCUCUGGUGUGCACUUCUGAGAACUUUCUUUAAUAAGCAGUCCCAGAUAUGGUGUUUUGGAAUGAAAAUCUGUGUCUGCUAUAACAGGAUUACUCAGCUAAUAAGUGCAGAAAUGGGUCGUAUUUAUGAAAUUGUGACAUUAUUUAGUUAUCUGUGUAGGGUUCCGUCACUAUUGGAUCAAGUUUUGUUUGGCCGGCAGUACGCUUGCUAUCCACUGGAGGGCACUAGAUCUAUGGCAGGCAGCUGGAACUGAAGAGCAGCUCCUGAGAGACUGUGAAGGGGUAGAGUCACACUCUCUGCAGAACUGCUUCUUCAAUUGUCAUGCAACUUUGCAUUAACAGCGUUAAGUUUGAGUAUCAGAGUCUGGGGAUAUGAGGGGGUGUCUGUUAUUUUUGCAUACGUAUGUGGAGAAUCGCUUAUUGUGAUUAAACAUUUCACUGUGCUUUCUUACUGUGUACUGUAAGCCAUGGCCACCGUUUUAACCACACAGGUGGCUCUGAUUGUGAAUGUGCAGCUGUGGAGAUGAAAGUGUUCCCCUCGUUUCUUACAGAAUGUAUUCCAAUCACUGAGAAAGUCUGUGAACAUUACAGACCUGGGAUCCUCAACGCCGUGCACAGAGUCCAAGACAUUCUGAGUAAAAUGCCCACAAGUGAAAGCCUGGACAGUUUGAACAAGGAGAUCAGCAGCUUAAGGGUUCAUUCUGAUCAGCAGUCACCAGCAGGUGUGUCUCAGGAUAGACGUCUCCCGGUGCACCCAGCAACAGGACCAGGUCCACAGCAGGAAACUUCAGGGUCAGUACGAGGCAAGAAUAGAGCGCCAGGUGUGUCUCUGGAUAGACCUCUCCCGGUGCACCCAGCAACAGGACCAGGUCCACAGCAGGAAACUUCAGGGUCAGUACGAGGCAAAAAUACAGUGCCAGAACAUCAUCCUCCUCCACCAAUGAGAAUGCAUUCUGCUGAAUCCAGAACCCAGCCAACCAAUCAACAGUAUGCUUAUUGCCAGAAUCCACCUGUCUUUAACCCACAGACCAAUUACUGUUAUGGGGGACAACCAGCAAACCUUUCACAGCCAGUUAUCUGCAUCACAGGCUCAAAUGUGUCUGGAAUUCAGAUUGGAAAAAACAAUGUGAUGCACAUACAAACCACAGUCAAGAAGCACAAGACAAAGAAAGCAAAGUGACAAGAAUAGAAACGAGCGAGCGUUCUUCACCAUGGCACAAAGGAUCUUCAAUGGCAGACACAGACAGCGGAACAAUUGCAAUGCGAUAACAGUUCUGUUUUACACUGUAUGUUUUUAUACUAAGUGUAGGCACGGUAGAACGGGCCCACAGUGUGCUAACUAAACCCUUCCCAAAUGAUAUUCAGUGGCAGUGCAGACAGCAUGGCACUCAUGGUUCUGCAUUAUUCCCAGAUCUGGUACCAUAUUGUCUGACAGACGAAAAUUAUACAGUUCAAGUGAUAAAAUGCUUUCCUGUUCCCUGAAUUGAAUGACAAGCGAUAGUUUGUUUCUACAGGUUAAUCCAGUAUAAUGAAAAACAGUCUGAUUUUUGUAAUGUGCUUUUAAAAUGCAACUGUACAAAUCUGAAAAUAAACUAACCUUUUACUUUUCAAA